UCAUUGCUCUUGUAAACACGCAGUUUAGAUACAUAAUGAGAGAACUCCAUUUUAAAGAUAAUUUUUGGAGCAGUGACAUCACCAGCACUGUGGGCUAUGACACUCUCAUCCAGCACAUGAACGAUGGCAAGAGAACCUGCAAGGAAGUGGAGGACUUCAUGAAAGCAAGAGCUUCAAUAGAAGAGAAGUACGCAAAAGAACUCCUGAGUUUAUCAAAGAAGGUCUGUGGUCACAAUGAGAUGAACACACUGAAGCGGUCCCUUGAUGUCUUCAAACUACAAAUAGAGAACCUCGGUUUGUCUCACCUUCAGUUGGCCCAGACCAUAAGGGAGGAGGCCAAAAAACUAGAGGACUUUAAAGAGAGACAGAGAGACAUUAGAAAAAAGACUGAACAACAAAUGGAUGCUCUACACAAGCAGAAAGCCACAAUGUACAAGAAAACCAUGGAGACAAAGAAGACAUAUGAGCAAAAAUGCCGCGACAAAGAGGAAGCAGAACAAAACAUGAACAGAAGCGCCACCACCAGCAGUGCCAGACAACAGGAGAAGCUGUACACAAAAGCACAGCAAGCCAAGCAGUCUGCAGAGGAAGCUGACAGGAUAUACAGCCACAACGUGUCACUGCUGGCAAAGAUUAGAGAGGAGUGGCUGAAUGAAUACGCGAAAGCAUGUGAGAGUUUUGAGAGGCAGGAGGUGGAAAGAAUCAACAACCUGAGGAAUGUAGUGUGGACUCACCUGAACCACCUUUCCCAACAGUGUGUUACCAACGAUGAGCUGUAUGAGGAAGUCAGGAAGUCACUGGAGCUGUGUAAUAUACAGGAGGACAUAGAACACUUUAUCAACGUCAGAAGGACUGGAGAUAAGCCGCCAGCUCCCAUUCUAUAUGAGAACUUCUAUAGCAACCAGAGAGCAGUGCCACCUAGACAGCCCCCUCCAGUCGUCAGGAGAGGACCUGCUCCUGUACCAGGAACCACUGGAGAGGAUGUGACAUAUUCAACAAUACAAGACCCAGGAUACAGCCUAAUACGAUACUAGCUCCAAGGGCUUACAGCAUCCACUUCACACGCCAGUCAGUGAAAAUCAGAGAUGUCAUAGAAACAGAGUGUCAC